AUGCAUUUUACUUCUUUCGUAGCGGCUGCAAUCUCUUUGGGAGUGGCUGUUGCUGCUCCUGCUAAUGUACAGCGACAUGUCCUCCAUGAGAAGCGGGCUUCGUCUGAGAACUGGGUCAAGGGCGAGCGCCUGAGUCCUGAUGUCAAGAUGCCAAUGCGAAUUGGACUGGUGCAGGAGAACUUGCACAAGGGCCACGAUUGGUUGAUGGAGGUCUCUGACCCAGAUUCUCCUCGUUACGGAAAGUACUACAGUGCUGAGGAGGUUCACGACCUCUUCGCUCCAGCUGGGCAUGCUGUCGACGCUGUGAAGAGUUGGCUUCACGAUGCUGGUCUUCAUCCCGACCGUAUCUCGCAAUCUGCGAACAAGCAGUGGAUCCAGUUUGAUGCCACUGUGGCUGAGGCGGAAGCAUUGCUGCAAUCGAAGUAUCACUUCUACGAGCAUGCCGCCACCGGCAAGUCCACUAUCGGCUGUGAUGAAUACCAUGUUCAUCAUGAGGUCAAGAGGCACAUCGACUACAUCACCCCAGGAAUCAAACUCAUGAACACUCGCAGCACGCCAAAGGAAGACAUCGAGAAGCGCACUUUCGGGUGGGGCAAGGGACAAGGCACGCAGCCUCCUCUCCUCAAAGCACUGCCGGCGACAAUUGAGAGCAUUCUCGCCUCGCCCCUGUCUGCCAUCUGUGACGUUGCUAUCAUUCCUUCGUGUAUCGAGGCGAUGUACAACUUCACAAAGGCCACCAGCGCCGUGCCGGGCAACGAGCUGGGCAUCUUCGAGGACCUUGGCGAUGUCUACUCCCAGACUGACCUUAAUGAGUUCUUCUUGCUUCUGCAACAACGCAUUCCAGUUGGCACCCACCCAGUGUUGAAGGCCAUUGACGGUGCAAAAGCACCCAACCCAGUGACUAGCGCUGGUCCAGAGUCUGACCUUGACUUCGAGAUCAGCUACCCCAUCAUCUGGCCUCAGAACAGCAUCCUCUUCCAGACUGAUGACCCAGUCUACGAGGCGAACUACACAUAUGCUGGCUUUCUCAACAACUUCUUCGAUGCUUUGGACGGCUCUUACUGCACAACAGGAGAUAUUGAAAAGCCGGAUCUCGACCCGGUCUAUCCCAACCCAAGCAACGCAGCUGGCGCCUACAAGGGACAGAAGCAAUGUGGUGUCUACAAGCCGACAAAUGUUAUUUCCAUUUCUUACGGUGGUCAAGAGCCAGAUCUUCCUGCAUCGUACCAGCAACGACAGUGCGCAGAGAUCCUCAAACUUGGCAUGCAAGGUGUCACUACCGUUGUCGCCUCCGGUGAUUCUGGCGUGUCAGGCCGACCUGUCACUGGUGACAAUGGCUGCAUCAACCAGAAGAUCUUCAACCCUGACUUCCCCGCCUCGUGCCCAUACAUUCUUUCUGUCGGAUCCACGGUAUUGACUGGUAAUGCGAACAAGGAUGAGGAGACAGCGACUACUCGCUUCCCGUCCGGAGGUGGUUUCUCCAACAUCUACCCUCGCCCAGCGUACCAGGAUGCUGCAGUAAAGCAGUACUUCAAGACUGCCGGUACCCAGUACCCUUACUACACUGGACAGACGUACGGCAACGGCAUCUACAACAUGAGCGGUCGUGGAUACCCAGAUGUGAGCGCUGUUGGAGAUAACAUCGUGGUCUUCACAAUGGGAGCCCCUACACUCAUCGGCGGUACCUCCGCUUCUUGCCCUGUCUGGGCUGCCCUCCUUACUCGAAUCAACGACGAGCGUCUCAAGGCAGGCAAGCCCACUGUUGGGUAUGUCAACCCGACUUUGUAUAAGAACCCGCAAGCAAUGCACGACAUCACUGUCGGAUCGAACCCAGGAUGCAAUACCAAUGGCUUUACUGCCUCUGCUGGCUGGGAUCCUGUGACUGGACUUGGUACUCCCAACUACCCGGCACUGUUGAAGGUGUUCAUGUCCAUUUAGAGAGAUAAGCUUGGUAACAGCCUCUUGAUUGCGACAGACGUGAUGGAGACAGGACUGUGAGAAGGAC